CUGAAACGAAGAACGCAAACGCAUUCCUCUUUUCAGAUUCAUCAGACUUCCGGUUGAUUGAUGGCGAUGAGGCUUCUGCCAUUUCACAAAUCGAACGCAUUGAGGUGGCGCAUUUCAGCGUUUUUCUGCUCUUCUUCGACUACUGAAGCUGUAGAAACUUCAUCGAGUUCAAGCGACACGUUGUUUAGCAGGAUUUCACCCCUUGGUGAUGCUAGGGUUUCAGUUAAACCCGUUCUCGAUCAAUGGGUCCAAGAAGGACAAUCCGUCGUUCCAUCAGAACUUCGAAAAAUCAUUAAGCAGCUCCGAAAGUUCGGACGUUUCAAUCACGCUCUUCAGAUAUCUGAGUGGAUGAACCAAAGUCCUGUUAAGCCAUUGGCUGGAGACAUUGCAGUUCAGUUAGAUCUGAUCUCAAAGGUUCAUGGACUAGAACAAGCAGAGGAAUAUUUCAAUAAUGUUCCAAACUCCUUGAGAGGUUUCCAUAUUUAUGGUGCUCUUUUAAAUUGUUACGCCCAUGCAAAAUCUUUGGAGAAAGCAGAGGCCACAAUGCAGAUGAUCAGGGAGCUAGGUUUUGCUGGAGCUACACUUCCAUUCAAUGUUAUGCUACACCUUUACUCUCAGAUGGGGAAACAUGAGAAACUAGAAGCCCUUGUGCAAGAAAUGGAAGAGAAGGGCAUUGGCUGUGACAAAAUCACAUUCAGCAUUCAGAUGAAUGCAUAUGCAGUGACUUGUAAAGUAAAUGAAAUGGAGAGGAUCUUAAUGAAGAUGGAAGCUGAUCCUGAAGUCUCCAUGGACUGGUCUACAUAUGCCGUAGCAGCAAAUGGCUACUUGAGAUCAGGUUUAAGGGAAAAAGCUUUGGCAGCACUGAAGAAAUCAGAGGCCCUCAUUGAGCUCAAGACGAGAAGGACUUCUUAUGAAUUUCUAAUGACAUUGUAUGCUAGGAUUGGGAAAAAGGAUGCAGUGUCUCGUAUAUGGAAGAAGUGCAAGAAGACACGGAAAGUUUACAAUUCUAGCUACAUUUGUAUGAUUAGCUCUCUGAUGACGAUGGAUGAUCUCAACAGGAUGGAGAAGAUAUUUGAGCAGUGGAAAGCCAAAGAGAUGUCUUUUGAUUAUCGGGUCCCUAACCUAGUAAUCACUGCGUAUUGCAGAAAGGGUCUUCUGGGAAAAGCAGAAUCAAUUGUAGACUGGCUCAGACAGAAAGGGAAGGAACUUGCUAGCACAUGGGAUCGCUUAGCUGCUGGAUAUAGUAAAUAUAAUCAUAUGGACAAGGCAGUUGACACAUUGAAGAAAGCAAUACUGGUCAUUCAUCCAGGUUGGAAGCCUAACGUUGCAACUUUUGCUGCAUGUAUAAAAUACUUGAAAGGGAAGGGAGAUGAAGAAUUUGCAGAGUUUACAGCUUUCCUAGAGGAAAGGAUCCACAAUCCAAAAGAUAUAUAUGACCGAGUAGAGCAUUACAUGAAAAAUAGUGACCUAGGAUCAGAAGCACUUAAUGAGAUGGAAUCCGCUGACCAUGAUGAGGAGGUUCUGGAGGGAGAAACCCUGGAUGGAGGCAUUGACUUGAAGACGAAUAUAAACAUGAAGGCCGAAUAGUGCAAGAAGGCCAUCAUCCGUAGGCUUGUCAAAUGGGUUUUGUUUCUACUUGAAUUUGAAUUGGAUGAGAGGCCAAUCAAUAUUUAGAAAUUUGUGUCAGAUUUCCUCUUCUUGCAGAGUGAUGGAGGGUUCAUCAGAUCCUAACAUGUUCUACAUUCAAUGAAAUGGACAAAGCAAAAAUUUUGGCGAAGUAUGGAGUUGCAAGACCGUUUUGGGUCCAGCAUUGACUCCAAUUCUUGGCCCGGCCGAGGGUGCAAACUGUGCAAUUUGCUUUUCUAUUUGCAUGGAAGAUGUGAAUCUCAUGGUAUUGAUUCUAAUAUCUGGAAUAUCAAUCUGCUUUAGUUUUUUUUAUGGAAGAUCUGUAAGCUUCUUUCCUUAAAUGUAGAAUCAAUUGGUGAAGAAUCAUAUCUAAAGAGGCUUGAAGCUCUUUUUUUUUUUUUUUUUUAUGGGUUAAUUGUUACAACAAUGGCUGGGUGCCAACAUCUCUUCCAUCCUCCAGCUAAAGGUCUGUUUGGCCAAAGAUAGAAAAGAACAAACGAGCC